UGGGCGCCCUGUGCUACUGCAUCAGUGAGCUGCUGGUGUGAGGCGCACUGCAUCAGACGCAGUCGGCAUCACACGGGCCACCGUCCUCGCCGUACGAUCGUCGAAAUUAAAUCGUUUCCAAGACUGUUCAAGAUGUCAAAGCCACUGACAGACCAAGAGAAGAGAAAACAAAUUUCGGUGCGCGGUCUCGCCGGGGUCGAAAACGUUGCCGAUCUUAAAACCAAUUUUAAUCGCCAUUUACAUUUCACACUGGUAAAGGAUCGUAAUGUGGCAACGAAGCGGGACUACUACUUCGCCCUGGCGCAUACUGUGCGCGACCAUUUGGUGGGAAGAUGGAUCAGAACACAGCAACAUUACUACGAGACUGACCCUAAACGCGUGUACUACCUCUCACUGGAGUUCUACAUGGGUCGCACGCUGCAAAACACCAUGGUGAAUUUGGCCCUUGAGAAUGCCUGCGACGAGGCCACUUACCAGCUGGGCCUGGACAUGGAAGAGCUGCAGGACAUGGAGGAGGAUGCGGGUCUUGGCAACGGCGGUCUGGGGCGCCUGGCAGCCUGUUUCCUUGACUCCAUGGCUUCCCUGGGUCUCGCAGCCUAUGGCUAUGGCAUCCGGUAUGAGUUUGGAAUCUUCAACCAGAAAGUUGUUAAUGGCUGGCAGGUCGAAGAGGCGGAUGAUUGGCUGCGCUAUGGCAACCCUUGGGAAAAGGCCCGCCCUGAGUACAUGCGGCCCGUGCACUUCUAUGGCCGAGUGGAACGCGGUCCUGAUGGAGUCAAAUGGGUCGACACACAGAUGGUGUUGGCCAUGCCGUAUGAUACGCCAGUCCCCGGAUACAGGAAUAACAUUGUGAACACCAUGAGACUCUGGUCAGCCAAGGCUCCUUGUGAAUUCAACCUUAAAGACUUUAAUGUGGGUGGCUAUAUCCAGGCUGUUUUGGACAGAAAUCUGGCAGAGAAUAUUUCCCGUGUGCUUUACCCCAAUGACAAUUUCUUUGAGGGCAAGGAGCUGCGUUUAAAACAGGAGUACUUUGUGGUGGCCGCUACUCUUCAGGACAUCAUCCGCCGCUUCAAAGCGUCCAAGUUUGGCUCAACAGAGAUUGUUCGCGUGGACCUGACCAAGUUACCUGACAAGGUGGCCAUCCAGCUGAAUGACACCCACCCAGCUCUCGCCAUCCCUGAGCUCAUGCGUCUCCUUGUGGACGAGGAGAAGCUGUCUUGGGACAAAGCAUGGGACAUCACAGUGCGUACCUGUGCGUACACCAACCACACGGUCCUGCCAGAGGCGCUGGAGCGAUGGCCCGUGGACCUGUUCCACAACCUCCUGCCCCGACAUCUGGACAUUAUCUAUGAGAUCAACCAGCGCCACCUGGAGCGUAUCUCCUCCGUGUUCCCUGGUGAUCAAGAUCGCCUGAGGCGCAUGUCUCUCAUUGAGGAGGGCGGGCAGAAGAGAAUCAACAUGGCUCAUCUCUGCAUCGUUGGCUCUCAUGCUGUGAACGGAGUGGCUCGCAUCCACUCCGACAUCAUCAAAAAUACAGUGUUUAAGGACUUUUUUGAAGUGGACCCACAGAAGUUUCAGAACAAGACCAACGGCAUCACUCCUCGACGCUGGCUGGCCAUGUGCAACCCUGGCCUUGCUGAGGUCAUCGCCGAGAGAAUCGGUGAAGACUACAUCCGUGAUCUGGGUCAGCUGAAGAAACUCCUGAACUUUGUGAAUGAUGAUGCCUUCAUCAGAGAUGUUGCCAAGAUCAAACAAGAGAAUAAGAUGAAAUUUGCUGUGUAUCUGGAAGAGCAAUAUAAGGUGAAGAUCAACCCUAACUCCAUGUUUGACAUCCAAGUGAAGAGGAUCCACGAGUACAAGAGGCAGCUACUGAACUGCCUGCACAUCAUCACCUUCUACAACCGCAUCAAGAAGGAGCCCAACAAGUCCUGGACACCCAGGACAAUCAUGAUUGGAGGAAAGGCUGCUCCAGGCUACCACAUGGCUAAGAUGAUCAUCAGGCUCAUUACAGCUAUUGGAGAUGUUGUAAACCAUGACCCAGUGGUGGGAGACCGCCUUAAAGUCAUCUUCCUGGAGAACUACAGGGUUACACUGGCUGAAAAAGCGGUCCCUGCAGCAGACCUGUCGGAGCAGAUCUCCACGGCAGGCACGGAAGCUUCUGGAACAGGAAACAUGAAGUUCAUGCUGAACGGCGCUCUGACCAUCGGCACCAUGGACGGGGCCAACGUGGAGAUGGCAGAGGAGGCCAGAGAGGAGAACCUCUUCAUCUUCGGCAUGAGGGUGGAGGACGUGGAGGCCUUGGACAAGAAAGGGUACGAUGCUGCCGAGUACUACAAUCAAAUCCCUGAACUGAAGCAGGCCAUUGACCAAAUUUCCGGAGGUUUCUUCAGCCCCUGCCAGCCAGACCUUUUCAAGGAUGUGGUCAACAUGCUGAUGCAUCAUGAUAGAUUCAAAGUGUUUGCUGACUAUGAGGACUACAUCAAAUGUCAGGACAGAGUGAGCACUCUGUACAAGAACACUAAGGAAUGGACCAAGAUGGUGAUUCACAACAUUGCUGGCAGUGGCAAGUUCUCCAGCGACCGCACCAUCUCCCAGUACGCCCGAGAGAUCUGGGGGGUGGAGCCCAGUUUGGAGAAGAUUGCUGCCCCAGAUGAGCUACGCUAGGCAGUUAACCGGCACGCGAGCGCUCCCCCUGCUGGAGCCAUUCCUGUUUCAGUUCUUUUCUCCGUUGUGAAGACAUCAAAGUGGUUCUGUCAUAAAGAAAUGCCUGCUUCCACCCCCAGUGUGCCGUGGGACUGCCAAAGUACCUCACGCCUUUUGGUUCACUAGCUUCACUCUCAGAGCUUAAACUUCUUCUCUGUCGUGUGUGUGUGUGUGUGUGUGUGUGUGUGUGUGUGUGUGUGUGUGUGUGUGUGUGUGUGUGUGUGUGUGUGUGUGUGUGUGUGUACGUACGGCACUUUUGUCUCAUACUUAUCUUGAACCAGAAACCAUCUAAACAGUGUUAGCCAUAGGAAUAGAAUGAUAACAAUUUUUGCAAUAUGUUAUGUUGAAAUGGUACUAUGUCUUCCAAUCAUGAACAGAAGAAUAGAAAACAACCCAGUUAUGGAUAAGUAAGACACACAUACUCAAAAACUGUGACAUUUGAGGUUUCUCACAUAAUGUUAAUUCUGUCAGUGAAAAGUUGCCUGUGUGUGUGUGUGGGGGGGGGGGGGUAAUGCACAUGAGCAUGCAUGCAUGUAUGUGUGCAUUCAUAUCUUUCUGUGUGUGUGUGUGUGUGUGUGUUUAUAUGGAACUUCUUCCCAUCCCUUCUACUACUCGGUUUACAGUUUGAUAAGCGAGUCACUGGAAGAAUCUUAAACCUUGGUCCCAAAUCACCAAACAUGCAUACUAAUCUGCUUUAGUCCUUAUCCUAUUGAAAGUAAUCUAAACGUGUUUGUUUAAAGCUGCGUAGCAAGAAGUUACCACUGGAGUGUGGAGUAUAAUACACUGUCUGUAGGUACUGAGUGUUUGACAGCACUAGUUUUACUGUAUUACUUAGAGAAAGUCAGUAAAACUAAAUGAGUUAUUCUGCACCUAGCUGUGGGCUAUGAUGAUUCGGAGUUGGGUCCAAAACCUACUCUAUGAAUGUUCUUUCAAUACCGUCCAAUCACUGAAAGUCCAUUAUAAGAUAAUAAAGCAGAUACAUUAUACACUCCUA